CACCGAACGUAGCCAUAUUACUAAAUGAUGCCCAACCAGCUGAUUGGAUGGAGGCUAUCAUGUAUGUGGGGGGCAUUUUUAGAGUUUCUAUUCUUUGCAGUAUGUUAAAAUUCAAUUAUAAUAUUUUUAAAUGGCAUGGACUUGUGCUGGACUUGAAGUUUUUGCUAUUUUUUAACUUUAAUAAUGUUAAAAAAAUACCACUCAGAGGCACUCACCUUAAAAAAUAACAGACAUCACAUACAAGUAGAAAAAUUACUAUUUUAUUUGUUGCUUAAUUAAUCAUGUGGUGCCAUGUCAAUGGCUCAAUUACAUUUAUAAUUUUGUCCUUAGUGCAGUUAAAAAUGAUGUCAUUGGCAGUGAUCGUGAAAAAAUGCAAAGUCUACAGUAUGGACUAGUUCCAAGGUAGAGAAGUUUCAUUGUUUUGUUGAUUUUAAUAAGAUUCAUUAUGGCUCUUUAUUUUAUCCUUUUAUAAUAGUUUUUUUUUUACUUCUAUGUUUAUUAAGAUUUCUGCAAGUUCAAUUUGUAGAGAUUAAACAAUGAGGUAAAAUUGGCCUAUAAUAACAUAAAGUAUUCCAAAUUUAAAUCUACUAAACUUAAAAUUCAAGCUACCUUAGGGUCCUCCAAAUAAAUGAGGUCAUGCCGCUAGGAGGGGUUCAAGAAUUCAUGACAAUGUAUCAUGGGGGUGUCAAAAUUUUGUGACAGGUGGAAAGGCGGGAUGGGGGGUGUAAAAAUCUACCAAAAUAUGACGUCAUUAUGGAUUGAUGUCCCCUAGUUAAAUGUUUUUUUUUCUUUUCUUUUUUUUACCCAGUUACUUUAACUUUUUUUCUAGUAAAUAACAGAAUUCUUGCUUCGUAGCAUGUUUUUCACCGAGAUGGCCUUGUAAAACCUGUCUCCAUCAAGUUUUAUUUGCUUUGGUUAGUGCCAUAGUGAGCCUCCUUAUCCCCCAAGAGAGGGGAGCUUUGGUGUUCACAUUUGUUUUUUUUCUAGGUUUUAACCCCAUCCCUUCUUAUUCAAAUAUCUUAUCCACUGCUGUGUUGACUAGCCUAAACAUAUUUCUAAAUUUUAAUACUUUUAGCCCAUUGUUUCAUGUAAGUUUGAAUACUUUCCAGACUUCUUCAAUGGGUGGAAGAUGAGGACAUAAAUGCUGAGUUAAGGACAGAGGCAGCUAUUGUGCUGGGCAGUUUGGCCAAAGGAAAUACUAGCAUUGUCAUACAACUAGUGCAAGAGAAGACUGUUCCAAUACUACUCAAAUGUAAGACUGAAAAUCUGUACUUAAAUGCCCUCAACAGUUAAGCUGAAUGAUUUAAACACAUUUUUAACAAAAACUUCAGAAGAUAAUGUCAUUUGCUACCUGAUACAUGAAUUUAUUGUUUUUACAUUUCUCUAACUAUAAUAGUAACUAUAAGAGUAGCCAAAAAUGCAUACAUCAUUCUGUUUUGUUUGUUCUUUAAAGCCAUGGUUAAUUUUAAUGUACUCUUAUUUUUAUUACAGCUCUAACAAAUCUAAGUCUGCGAUAGUCAGAAGCUAUACUAAGAUGCUUACGUUCUAUUUUACUUGUCAAUACAGAAUCUAUUUCAUGUUUCUAUGAGGUAAGAUUAAUUCAGAACUUUAGUCCACUUAAAUUUUACUGAUUGAAUGGGGAAAAAAAACACAUUGAGAGACUAUUGCUUUGUUUUUCACAAAAAAUUUCUAUUUCAAUUGAUUCAAUUUGAUUUAUAUGGUAGUUGAGUUUUUUCAUUCACCUCCUCUAGUUAAUCUCUCUAUCUGAGGUUCCCCAAACGGUGGUCUGCACAACAUUAGUCAAGAAAAUGGGGAGGGAAAGUUACAUGUUUGAGUUUCAUAUUAAAAAAACUCCCAAAAUUGAAAUUAUCCUUAGCAUAAAAAUAUCCCGCUUUGUAUAUAAAAAAUAUCCCGCUUUGUAUGCGUCAAGAAUAGCCUAAGAAUUUGACUGAAUCCAUGCGACCAAAUGGGAAAACACUAGUAUGCCAUACUGCUAGGCUCCUUUGAUGUCCAAAAAAAUAGUGCAAGUACCUAACGCUUAUUUUCACACAACACACCUGCAUCCUGAAGGGAACACACAUCUCAACCUUAACUCACUGGCUGUAAAUUGAAAGAUUUAGAUUUUGCAAGAAAGAUUAUUCUUUUCAAAAUUUUGCAUACAGCAUGAUUAAAAUAAUAGUUAAAUCCACCAGUUAUUUAGACAGGGGAUAGUAGAGGAUGGCAUUUUUUUCUUUAUAUGGAGGGGCAGCAUUUUGGGGCAGCUGCAGAGGUCUUUUUUGAAAAAAAGGGGAAAGCAAAUAUCUUUUCCCACCUCUGGCGGCAUUAGUACUGGCUAUGCCACUGAAGUCCCAUCUUGUGAAAACCUUUUGUCAAGGGAGAAAUUUUUUUCUGUCUUUGACCCAAACCAAAGGUGUGCCACUGAAACGUUAAAUGAGGCCUGCAAGAACUUCCAAGAACUGGAUUAAUAUUUUUAGUAAAAUGCGCAAAUUGUGAAUGAUUAUUUGUAGGAGCCUUUGAAAAUUAAUAAUCACAGUGAAUAUUGUCAAACUAAAACUAAUACUAAUGACACAUUUUAGCAUAUUCACUGCUUAUUGGGAAUUUAAUCUUGAAUGAUUUUUUUUGAAGAUCAUCUUUAAUAUGACAUAUGCAAAAAGAUUAUCAUGGGGCCCAGCAAAGAAUAAAAUAACUGCUAUGCGGCCCUCUGGGCAAAAAGGUUGACAAUUCAUGACAUAGACUUCAGUUUUUGUUUUUAAAUAGCCCUUACAAAAACAAAACAAAAAAAACCUGCUGGCAUUAAAUGGUGUUAGUUGAGUCCUAUUGAAUUGGCUGAUUACAGUUUAAAAAAUAUUUUACGACAUAGUUAAGGUAGAUAUGAAGAAGUUAAUUCAUAAAUUUUGCUCAGGUCCCUGGUGUAAUCCGAAACCAGUCCACCACUCCGCCAUAAUUAAAGUUAUGGGAAAUGCUUCUCUAGCUCACUCCAGUACAUUUUUCUUUCAUUCACCUAAUUCUCUAUUUAAUCUCUCUGGCUUUUUCCAAUCCAUUCUUAUAUUAAAUAGAUAUCUUAUGUAACAAUCAUUAGUGAUGAUGAUGUUACUUGUAAAUACAUAGUUGUAGUGACAAUUAUCCACAUUCACAAAGUACGAGGCGGAGUCCAUGAAUUUAGCAUCCCGACCUUUUAUUAUAUAGAAAUUACACCACAUGAAAUACAUAAUACACAUCUUCAAAAUUUGAGGAAAUUAUAACUGUUAUUGUCUAUUUACUUCACAUAUGACUUUCACACAUAUCUAUUGAAUAAGUAACACGAUGCCAAGAGAUGUAUGGCAAAGAGCCUAUCUUCAAACAUAUGCUUCUAUUUUCACUUGUCUCCUUCUCUACUUCUGCUGUGCAUGACAUAUCUUAAUUAACUUCCUGUUCCUCUUAACUCAUAAAAACAAUACAUUAUUCCGAAACAAAAUUAUUAUCUAAAUAUUUGAUCUGUGACAUCUUUAAAAAAAUAUUCUUCAAGAAAAUCUCCCUGAUAAAGCACUUGUGUAGUCUUAUGUUUCUGCUUUCCUCUAUUUGACCAGGAGAAUGCAUAUGGAAGCACUUACAUUCCGCACCUGCUGAGCCUGAUCAAAUAUUCCAUUGUUUGUCAAGAAUGUAUCACUACCAUUCUGGAAAAGUGCUGCGUGGUAUGUUAUAUAAGUAUUGCAUUAUCAGCAGUUGUGUUGCCCACCAAUUCCAGAUGGUAUGCUUCCUGAACUUGAUGAUAGUUCACAGCAGCCUCCCACUACCACCUGUGACGUGACGUACGUUGUCUAGGGGUCGGUCCCCUCUGUACUAGCCACAGAACAAUUUUACAAGGGUCUAGAACCCCUUUAUUUCCAGCUCCUACAGAGCUGACUCUUGCUCCAAGUAUCAACAAACAAUUCAGGGUUUCAGGUUUUCUUAUUUAUUGGCUAUGUGUGCCUAUAUGCCACUACACAAAACAGUUAAAGUUACACAAGUCCUCUUCCAUCCGUAGAAAAACUCACUCCUUUAUAAGACAAAAAAAUCAUACACCAUAUCCACAGCACUCGCCACUGCUCACUCCUUCAAAAAACUCAACUCACACACGUGGUUUUUUCAGACACAGCACACCGGUCAUACCUUGACCGAGAAAAAUCAAAACUCGUGGGGCACACGGGGAAAAUAAACUCACCCACGAUUGGUCAAAUUAACAUUAUAGAAGUUGACACAAAAAACUCACGCGAUCUGACCGUGACACGCCGCCCCUCACGAGUGACGUUUGGUGAAACCCAAUGUUGCGAGUUUACAAAACAGCGGUCAGUUCGCGUGCAUACUCUGGUAAACUGACAUCAAUUAUAACAUGAACAACAUACCGAUAUUAAUAAAAAAAAUAUCAUGAAAUGUCUAUCUUAAAACAUUCCGUUAUCAACCGCUAUCAAUCAUACUUUGAAAGUCACUACUAUUGUUAUGGCAAUGCAUUGUAGAAUUAAGACAUCUCUAAUGAAACAUACAUGAUAAUAGAUAAAAUAAUGAUUAUUCUUUAUCAUCUCAAUAUUUUCCUACAAUGAAAUUGAGCAUUUAUUUUAAUACAUUGUAACAAAUAUUUAAAUGUUUACAGCACAUGAUUUUGAAAAAUCUUAAUUCAAAAAUGAAAAAGUGAAGAAAACAAAUGUCAACAUCUGAGCAUGUGUGGACAGCCAUGAAUUGUCCAUUAAAUCUUUACAUACAAGACGGUGGAAUGUUUCGCUUAUCCCCUUGUCUUAAAAAAUCAUGGAGGUUAUUUGAUCCACCCAACUCACCUCUCUCUCUUCUCGGGUUUGACCUGCACGGUCUAGUAGGCACGAAUUCACCCAACAAGUCCUUUACACCCCAAGACCGUUUUGCUUCCCCCCAAGCUGUCCCUUCUCCUUUGUAACAAAUACCAUCAUUGAUGAAAAGCAAAACAGGUGUUACAUUGUUAGACGUGUCAAAUUUAUUCAAAUCAAUUUUUUCAUCGUCUUGGGGCAGAAACACUUCACAGUCUCUGUGAACUGUGACAUGUUCAAAAAUAACUGAGUUAAACUCACGAGCAGCCAAAAACUGCGAUCUCCCCUCCUCCUCAAAACAUAACAACACACGUGAGCUUGACUCAGGAGUGUCGGUGAACUCUUUCGAAGGUUCACCCUGACAACAUCUAGUGGACGCUGCCCUGGUCAAGGUUACGGUCUCUACUUCGUGGUUACCCAAGCUUGUCCCCCAUAUAAUCAUGACCCCUUGCUUGCAUGGAAGCGGAAGGUGGUUCAUGCUUGUAAUCAUGACCCCUUGCUUGCAUGGAAGCGGAAGAUGGUUCAUGCUUGUGAUCAUGACCCCUUGCUUGCAUGGAAGCGGAAGGUGGUUCAUGCUUGUGAUCAUGACCCCUUGCUUGCAUUGAAGCGGAAGGUGGUUCAUGCUUGUGAUCAUGACCCCUUGCUUGCAUGGAGGCGGAAGGUGGUUCAUGCCUUCAACACCCGUGGGUGUGUUAUCAAAAGCCAUGAGUUUGCCAUCAAAAGCCUCUGGCACCCUACAAACCUCAGUCACUCUCUCAACAUCAAUAAGUAAAGUAUCCGUAACACUAUGUUCAUACACAAUAUUCUUAUCACAAACAACUUCUCUGGGUUCAUAAUCAAUAUCACAAUCAAACAAACUACAAACCUCAGUCACUCUAUCAACAUCAUUAUGUGGAACAUUUGCAAUACUAGGCGCACAAUAAAAAAUAUCAUUAAAAUCAUCUACUUUGAGUUCAUAAGCCAUAUCACAAUCAAAACCAUCACUAGAAGAAUCAACAACACUAUGUUCAUUAUCAAUAUUUUUAUCAAAAUUUCUAUCUGAACCAACUACACUGGGUUCAUAAUUAAUAUCCCAAUCAAAACAAUCAUCCCAAGCAUCAACAACGCUGUGCUCAUAAUCAAUAUUUUUAUCAAAGUCCCCAAAUGAAACAUCAAUACCAUUAGGUUCACUACUGGUGCAAGGGCGAUAGCCAUCCUGCACAUCAUCACAUUCGUCCUGUUUAUCCACAUUAUCCAACUUAUUUUCUCUUGUUUCGGUGUCUUCAAAAUAUUCAUCAACUAUACCAAACUGAACAAAUUCCGAUUCAUCAUUUUUCCUAGUAUUGAUACUGCCCCUUUCUACAUUUGGAUUUUUAGUUUCUGACAGACUUACCCAAGAUUUGUUCUCUCGACACCAUCUAAGCUCAUUCCCACUAACUUCUACCUUAGUAUAUUUCCUCGGUCUAUAUUUCCCAUAACUAUUUUUUAAAGGCCCCCUCCCGCUUGAUUUCUUUAAAAGCUUUCCCAUCAACUUUACUUUGAGUAAUGCUUGGACCCUCGUCCAAACAAUUCGACGUUAUGUCAAGAUCUUUAGUCAUGUGACUAUGUUCUUCAUUAGUAAUUUUAUAUUCCUUAAAGGUGUUUAGGUCAAAAGGUUUAUUAGAAUUUAAUUGCUCAUAAAUUUUUCUCACCACAGAUUCUGGUGGCCUAUAAGCAUAUAUCCAUCUGACACAUUCUUCUCUGAUUUCCCACAUAGAUUUCUCUUUCUGGCGUAUGUCUACUCCCACUUUCAAACUGUCUUGUCCCUGUUGAUCCACAAUCGGUUUUACACUAAAGGCCAUGUCUCCCUGUAUAUUGCCCUCAUUUUCCUUAUCAUCCAGAGAAAAUUGUCCCCUUUCAGUACCAGUUAGUGUACUAGCACUAUACCCAGACAUUUUUCUCUCAUGUUCUUUGAUUCUUUCUUUUUCUUCUCGCUCAUAUGCGCGAAUUUCUUCUUCUUCUUCGCGAACCUCUUUUUCCCUAACAGCUACCCAUUCUUUCGCUUCCUCCCCUUCUAAUCCCAAAUCUAUUGCCAUUUGUUUAAUUUCGGCAAUAGUAGGUAACGACAUUUUUAUCUCUAAGUCUUAUGUCAAUAUAUAUGUUUACAAAAAAUUUACAAAUAGGAAAUGGAUCAAAUGAAAUGAGUAAUAAAACAAUAGAAAUUGCAAAUCUAAUAACUAAAUAAUGUACUUAAAAUAAUUACUUGUGAUGGUUCUCUUGAUGGGUGGCACUGGGAUUUCGGACGUAUUGAGAAGUAUAAUCCAUGUGUUCAUUUGUUUUCUCGUAGGUAGAUACUGUUGGAAUGUCUGGUGUCUCCAAUAAUCCAAUGUGACAAAAAGUUAAGAUUGGUAUAGCUGUCUGGCUAGUUUGCACGGCUUUCCUCUGGACUGGUAUGGCCGUGAUGAUUGUUUUGACGUGCUGGUGUGGCUGGUUGGUCAGGCCCCCUCUGUGAUGAAUGGUAGGCUGGUUGGGUUCUUUGGACGAUAUGAUGUUGCUUUAACGGCCUCCACUGUGGUGGAUGGUCUGCUAUGGUUGGUUUGGACUUAGCUGAACCUUUGAACCACGUACCAAAUGAUGAGCUGGCAUGGUUGGAUCGUGCUCCCACGGUGGCAAAUUGCGGGCUUAGAUGGCUGCUCCACUGUGGUGGAUGGUUAAGGUUGAUAUGGCUGCAUCGAACGGCCUCCCCUUUGGCUGAUGGUAGGCUUAGAUGGUUGCUUUGAUGUGCCGCAACGACGGCGAAUGGAUGGAUGAUUAUACUUGAAAUGGCUGCUUCGACAGCCUUCUUUGUGGCUGGUGGUGGGCUGGGAUUGUUGCUUUGAUGUGCCUCAUCGAUGGCGAAUGGUAGAUUGGUAUGGUUAAUCCACUGUGGCUGGAUGGUAGACUUGGAUGGUUUCUUUGAUUAGCCGCGACGAUGGCGAAUGGUUUAUAUGGUUAAUCCACUGUGGAUGGUUGGUGGACUUGGAUAGGUGCUCCACUGUGGUGGAUGGUUGCUCCACUGUGGUGGAUGGUAGACUUGGAUGAUAUGGCUGCUUCGACGGGCCCCCACUGUGGCGUGACGUACGUUGUCUAGGGGUCGGUCCCCUCUGUACUAGCCACAGAACAAUUUUACAAGGGUCUAGAACCCCUUUAUUUCCAGCUCCUACAGAGCUGACUCUUGCUCCAAGUAUCAACAAACAAUUCAGGGUUUCAGGUUUUCUUAUUUAUUGGCUAUGUGUGCCUAUAUGCCACUACACAAAACAGUUAAAGUUACACAAGUCCUCUUCCAUCCGUAGAAAAACUCACUCCUUUAUAAGACAAAAAAAUCAUACACCAUAUCCACAGCACUCGCCACUGCUCACUCCUUCAAAAAACUCAACUCACACACGUGGUUUUUUUCAGACACAGCACACCGGUCAUACCUUGACCGAGAAAAUCAAAACUCGUGGGGCACACGGGGAAAAUAAACUCACCCACGAUUGGUCAAAUUAACAUUAUAGAAGUUGACACAAAAAACUCACGCGAUCUGACCGUGACACCACCCCUUACUGAAGAGAUGCAAUUACAAAACACACCCAGUUUAUAGUGUUCUGUAUAGACCACUGCUAGACAAAUUGAGCAUUAAUUUGGUCGUCGCCUCAAGUACGAGUCGGCACACAAGGACUGAAUGAUGUUUCAUUUUUUAUGAAUGAAAGUAAAAUAGCAAUUAAAAAUUAAGUAAUUGUCACAAUGGUUUUUUUGCUAGGUCUGAGCCGGGCACUGACCCAGAUACCCAGAAAUUAGCACACCCGUCACAUACCCAGACCUGAAGAGAAAAAAAACAGAACUGGGUCCAGGUGUUAAAAAAUUUAUCAUUUUCCAUAAUGUGUCUACCCAAUGGGUAGAAGGUAUAAAAACAGUACAACUUUUUUUUUUUAACAUAAAUUUGUGUAAAUUUUACCUGAAUUGAUUAAAUGAUAAUAGAAAAUAUCAUUAUGGAAGCUAAAUGAAACCACAAAGUUCACAAGAUGAUAAUGUUCUUGCUGAAAAUUUUAAAAAAUUAUUUAUCUUAGCAAGAUGCUUAUCUUUGGUUAAGACUAUGGCACUUUCUAAUAACCAUUAAUGUUCCAUUUCACAUGCUGACUGGCUGAUGAUAAUGAGUAGCCAACGUUUGUGUGUGUGUUGUGGAUCAUUUCUAAGUUCUGUCAAAAUUCAAUUAUAGUAAUUUAAUUUAACAAUUAUUUAUAAGUGGAGCUAUUGGCUCAACUGAAGGAAGGCUAGGAUGGUAUUGCCAUGAUGAAGAUGUAAAUAUUACUUUAAAUAGUUAGAAUACAAUGGUAUCAGAAAAAAGGGAAAACUGCCGCCAGGAGCACAAAGGCAAAUUUAAAAGCUCUGUGUUAUGGCAGUGGCUCUAAACCUGUGGGUCAAAACCUCCUCGGGGUCGCCUGACAAAAUGUCAGGGGUCGCCUAAGAAACAAAUGAAAUUUUGGGGGAUGGGGUGUGAAAUGUGAAUUUUUUUCUUAUUUGAAUUUUCAUUUUUAAAUUUAAAUAUUCUUCACAGUGAUUGGGCUAUUUUCUUAUUGUUACUACACUCUGACCACACUACAACUGCAUAAAAUUAAAAAAACUUUGAUUCUUUCGAUAGAUGUAUUCUGACAAUUUCCUUUUAUUUAAAAAAAAUUAUGUAUGAUUUUUAUUUAUUUAAAUUUUUCAUUGUUUUAUUUUUUUUUGCAUGUGUAAAACCCAGACUUUGUCCCCCUGGGUAUUGUCUCAAAAUAUUCAGACCUGGACUGGAUGUAAAAAAAACUAUGCCAUUCUCAGCCCUAGUUUCUUCAAAGUGAGAAAUAAUUCAUCAUCAUCAAUGGCACUACAGCCCAUGUAGGUGCCCUGGCCUGCUCCACCACAUCCUUCCAUUCGGAGCAAUCCAUGGCUUUCCGUCUCCAUGUUAGAACCCCCAACUGGUGUAAAUCUGUCUCCACAUCAUCAAUCCACCUCAUCCUUGGGCGACCGGUGAAUCGUCUGCCCCUAGGCUUCUGCCUGUAUAUAAUUUUGGCUGCUCUGCAUUCUGGCAUCCUUUCAACAUGACCAGCACAGCGUAUUCUGCGUUUUUUUAUCAUUGUGACUAUGGGUGGUUCUUUGUACGAAUAGUAAAGUUCUUGGUUUGUACUUAUUAUCCAGAUAUUAUUUUCUAUCACUGGUCCGUUUAUUUUGCGGAGGAUUUUCCUCUCCCUUGUGUUGAGCAGGUUCUCUGCUUUUCUGGUGAGGGUCCAGGUCUCACUAGCAUACGUGUUACUACAGGUCUUAUGAUGGUGGUGUAUAUUGUCUUCUUUGUUCCCCUUGAUAGGUUUUUUUUUACCAGUAGCUUUUGUAGACUGAAAUAGAAACGGUUGCCUGCUGUUAUCCUUUCUUUCACCUCUGACAUUAUCUCAUUGUGCUCAUUUAUAGUUGCCCCUAGAUAUUUGAAUGUGGCCACUCUCUCAAAUUUGUGGUUGUUAGAAAUGAAUUCAAACUGCAUUAAAAAAAAAAAAUUUUUAUUUAAACCUGGGGCUUUGUGUAUGAGCUUAACUUUGAGAAACAAUAGAAUUUUUACAAACAUGGUACAAAAUGACUUUUCUUGUUAUGGUCUGUUAACAUGCUCAAGUGGUAAACAAAUUGACUUUUCUUGUUAUGGUCUGUUAACAUGCUCAAGUGGUAAAGAAAAUUACUUUUCUUGUUAUGGUCUGUUCACAUGCUCAAGUGGUAAACAAAAUUACUUUUCUUGUUAUGGUCUGUUAACAUGCUCAAGUGGUAAACAAAUUGACUUUUCUUUUUAUGGUCUGUUAACAUGCUCAAGUGGUAAACAAAAUUACUUUUCUUGUUAUGGUCUGUUAACAUGCUCAAGUGGUACAAAAAAAACAAUGAUGAAAAUAUUUGUGUUUGUUCCUGGGUUUGAGAAACACAAGUUGAAUGCAGACCUCAUCGAAUCUUAGACCUCAUCGAAUCUUCCUUAACCCUGACUGUUUGGCUCUUUAUUAUGACCCUUUCUUGCAAAACUAAGUGGAGGUUUUUUGUAAUAUGAAUAAGUUAGAGAAAACUAGAGAUUGAAUGACUAUGUGUUGAUUAUUAUUUUUUUUUUCCAGACUAAAGAGCACCAGAUGUAUUUGUUGGAGAGCAACACAUUGGAUAUUUUCUCUCCUCUCCUCCUCUCAGAGUGCUACAAAGUGCAGAUGCCAACACUGAGAUGCUUUGCCAACAUGUGUUACAAAAAUACAGCUGUCCGUACAGCUAUCGUAGCAGGUAAGCAAAGAGUCAAGUUAACGUUUUACACAAUUAUAGCCGUCUAUCAGUCCUGUUGUAGCUGUCUUCACAGGAAGAACAAUAGAUUCAAGAGUAGUUUGCAUGUUGCUUGCUGUAUUGAAAUUUAAAUUUUAAAAUACUAACGAUACUUGCAAUACUAUUGAUAUUUACAGUACUAUUGAUGUCUUUCCAAUAUAUGCCCAUGUUUAGUUUGUUGUUAAAAAAAAAAACCCUACAUAAUAAAAUUCCUUUAUAUUUUUAAAUCAUAAAAAGUUUGUCAAGCAACUCUACAAAUGAAUUCAUAUUGGACAGAUAGGGUUGGCAGUCUGUCAGAUGGUCGGCUAACUGAAGCUAAACGCUCAACAUAUACAAAUUCAUUUAAUUUAAAAUUCAAGCAAAAUUGUGAUAACAAAAUGAAACAAUUAGGUCACUGCCAAAAGAAAAAUGUUUUCUCCGACUGCUGUACCUGGAAAGGUUGCCAACCGCUCCUGUAAGAGGCUUUGUCCUCAUUGUUAAGUCAUAUUUCAAUUUAUGUCUGCGUUGAUUAGUCCAUUAUUUUAUUUCAGUUCCUGAUUUAGUCCCAGUCUUUGUGGAGUUGAUGGGUCGAGACAAACCUUCGGAGAUGCAGCUGGCGGCAGCCAAAGUCCUGACCUACCUGCAUCGUGGUGGGGCAAUAUUUUGUUAUAAGCAGAAAGGUAUUGACAUGGGUAAAAAAGCAUUGACAGAGGUGCAUUUUUCAUAGAAUGCAUUUUAAAAGACUUGCUGUAAACUUAAAUGUGCUUAAAGUUUUUGUCAGCUUUGCCACUGCAUCCAUUUUUAUUCAAAUAAUUUUCAAUACCAUGUGCAUAAUGUUGGCACAUUUGCAUAACGUUGGCACAUUUCCAUAAUGUUGGCACAUUUGAGGUAUUUGUUCCAGUGUUACAUGUUAUUUGGCAAUGUGUACAGUUGAAAUACUGUGUGCUCAACUGAGUCAAUCCCAAGUUUGUGGACUGGAGUGCAGCAAUCCCCCAGCAAAAGUACAGACAAGCGAAAACAACACCAGCAAUCUGGGUGGACAGGACUCGUUAACCUUGGAUGGCAACACAUCUAAGAGAAGGCAAAGUCUGAAAUCAGACCCUGAGAUGGAGUCCAUUUGGCGGUAUCACAUUGACACAAUGAAAAUUCCGACAACUCCUGCGAUGUGGAACGCAUAAAGAGCACAGUGAAACACGAACAAUCAAUGCUCCAUUUUUUCCUUGAAUUUACCGUAGCAACAUUAGCUGUGAAUGGAAAUCAAUAAUAGUUUUUUAAUUAAAUAGAACAAAAUGCUAGUUAAUGUUAAAACCUUGAGGUUUAAACUUAAGUCUGUGGGUCCCAAGCAAAAGUUGCAUGGUUCUUUGCAGCAGUCAUUUGUUCCGUUGUUGCUCAUGAACAUGAUUUAGAUGGUUGUCGAGUAUGAGCAUUCAGUAGUAAUUGUUGCGACUUAAUAUUAUGUUCAUUAGUUGUUGAAUGCUUUUCCCGCGCUUGAUUUUUAUAGUUAUUGAACGCUCUUCCCGCCAUUGUCUCUAUGACGUAUGUUUUAGUCGUGCCGCAGUCUUGAGUGGAACUUUGGAGUGGUAGGAUGUGUAUUAUUUAUCUCUGAUAGCGAGCUGCACUAUAUUCACGUGUUAUGUGUAUAAUAUUUACUCAGACAUUAAAUUUAUAAUUAUUAUAUAAAAAGGAGUUGAGUUCAUUCAGUGAUAGUAGGAAUAGUACGACGCAUUCAACGUGUGAAGAGAACUUGACGAAUGUAAUCAAUCCAAGAAGACUGUAGGUGUUGACAAUAGUCACUCCUGGUCUAUAUUUUGUCAGAUUCCUUUUGACAGCAUUUAACACCAUUUAGUCCAACAUAUUUCAUUGACAAAUCUUCAAAACCCUAUACCUUUGUGCAAUCCAUUUUUUUCAUUUUUUGUAGACAUUGGGAACCCUGGUUCGGAUGUGUAAAAGAGAUCGGCCACUAGACGAAAAUGUCAAAGGAGCAGAGACUCUGGCACACCUUGUGGAAGUUGACCCUGACCUUCAAAUUAUCGCCAGCAUCACAGACCAUCUGAUCAGCACACUCUCCAACUACCUGCACUACAAAGAUGUCAAGAAAAUUUCUUCUGUGGACAAAAAAGUCAGUGACUCUCAAUAUUUUGAUUUUAUUUUCAUAACUUUAAUAUGCUAUUGUAAUCAAAUUAAUUGAUUCACUAUGUUUAGUCAGAUAUGCACAAUUCAACUAACAUUAGCGGCCAUUAGUUAAAAAUAUUUCAAACAUCUAUUUAUGUUAUUUAAUAAAAAAUUGUAUUUUCCAAUAUGAAGAAAUAUAUCCUAGUAAUAUGAGAAGUCCAAUGGCUUUUUUACUAUUUUUACUAUCACACAUUAAAACAGAACUAUCGAUAGCCAAGAAUAAUAGUGUCUGGGAAAACAGCCACUUUGUUAGAAGGGUAGAUUAAUAAGACACGAACAAAUUGUGUCAAUAUAACAGUAUAAGUUACUCUUUAAUAAUAAUUAUACAUUAUACACAAGUAAACGUUUCGGCACAUGCCUUCAUCAGUAUAAACAGAAAAAAAUAGGAGAGGGAGCUAAAACCAGACAAAAUUAAUCUAUUUUAAAGUUUUAUUGCAGUCCAACACUUUUUAUAAUGUUAGAGGGGUCCAGAGUUGAACAUCACCUAUGCCAUUAGCUUAAGACUGUCAUUAUUUCUUAUCUUUAACAGUAGUUAGAGGAUUUUUAUGGAUAAUACUUAAUUAGCAUCAAUUGAUUUGUACUGGAAUUUUUUUUACUGCAGGAAGUGGACUGGGGCAGUGAGAUGAGAAGGGCUGCAUUUUUAGCUUUGGCCGCCAUCAGUGCCAACGAUGAGGAGAUUAGAGAUAAGGUAAGUUUGUGUUGAUACAAAAAUAUCACUAUAUAAAUAAGUUAGGUUGGUGUUGUUACAAAAAUGUCAAAUUAGAGAUGAGGUAGGUUGGUGCUGUAACAAAAAUAUCAAAUUAGAGAUAAUGCAGGUUGGUGCUGUAACAAUAAUAUCAAAUUAGAGACGAGGUAGGAUUGUUGUAGUAACAAAAUAUCACCAUAGAGAUAAAAUAAGUCAGUUUUCUUAAAAAUCCAUACAAAUAAUGUUGUUUUUUGAAAGUUCAAAUAAGUAUUCUGCGUAAAAGAUGUAUUAUUUUAUGAAAAUGGAAUAGAUUUGUUUUGUUGUUUGGUCAUAUAUAUAUAUAGAGAGAGAAAUAGAGGAGAGAGAGAGAGUAUGAAAUUAAUAUAUAUUUAAGUCUUUAACUUGGUAAAAAAAAAGAAAAAAAAUAAUUAAGGAAAUAUCUGAUUGAACUAUUUGGAACUAUUUAUAAAAUAGCUGUUUAAUAAAGCAGGUGAUUUUUUUUUUUUUUAAAUGGGCUUUGAUAACACAAUGUUAAUCUAGAGGAAAAAGUAAGAUAAAUUGAUUUUAAUAAAUUCACUUGAGAAUUUUGCAUCUAUUGGGUAAUUAAGAUUGUUUUCUUUUGUGCUACUGACAUGUGCAGGUUAUCAAGAGAGAGGGUAUGAUAGAUCAAAUCAUGACUUGCAUGCUCAGCUCCAACCAAGCUGAGGUGGCAGCUAGCUUGAGAUGUCUUCAGUCCCUGACACGAUCUGUACACCAGAUCAGGACGGUACUUCAUGAUAAUGCAGUCUGGAAACCUUUGCUUGGGGUAAGACAUAUGAUCUGUUUGACACAUUCAGUCCCUGUCACAAUACUCCAUGACCAUUGUGACCAGAAACUUGUGCUGAGGCUGUAAUAUAAUAUAUUGUCACAUGUAACCCUGAGACAGUCAGUACAUCGAUCCUUUUCAGAAUCACUAAGUUUAAUUUUAAAUUUAUAAUCUCCAUAUUCCAUAUUUAUAUUUGAUGGUUUCAUUUCACAUUGAAGAGUACUGUUUUAAAAAAUUGUUUGAUGGAAAAUGUAUCACCCAUGUGUGAAAAAAAAAGAAAAUACACCUGCUUGACAACAUUCCCAUAAAAUGUUAAUUUUUUGGUAUGAUUAAAGCAUAAAUUAAUAUUUUAUGACUUAAAUCUGGAUAUUCAAAAUGAAAAAGUUUAAUGAUGUUUUAUAUUACUGAAUAAAUUCCUGUGACAAGACCAGCUUUUAUUUUAUGCUGAUCAUUGUAAAUGUACCAGCCCUUGUUUUUGUGUGUGUGCAGAUGCUGCAGUCGACCAACCAUGAGAUUAUGGUGUUAGCCAUGACCUGCUUGUGCAAUUUGGUUCUGGAGUUUAGUCCAAGUAAAGAGGUAGGUGCUGUAUAGUGCCGUGAAAAAAUAAUAACGUGUCCAGGCUAAAACCUUGUUUGAAAUUAACACAUUUGCAUUUUUGUUAAUAUAACAAACACAUUUUUUUCAUUAGCGUCUUGAUUUUUACAGAGAACCUUUGAGAUUAAAAUGAGNUAUAUAUAUAUAUAUAUAUAUAUAUAUAUAUAUAUAUAUAUUUAUUUAUAUAUAUAUUUAUAUAUAUAUAUAUUUAUAUAUAUAUAUUAUAUAUAUAGAUAGACACUGAUUAUUACUGUGUGUAAUUGCAAACAUAAUGGGCAGACAACUGUGCUUUGAUAAAUAUUUGCUAGUGUUACCAAACCCUGAUUUCUGUAAGAAUGAUCUAAUGUACUUCUACCACUACUACUACUACUACUACUGACUGAGAUAGCACCGCUGAAUGUCUUGUUGAUACCCAUUCUUGUUGUGAUAAGCUUGCGCCAAACCCUAAACCUUGUGCUUUUACCAAGUUUUUCUGCUCAACACUAAAUAGAGUUGUCUUCAGGCUACUGUCCCACAUAUUUGCUUAGGCAGCUAAUAUUUUGCCGUUUAUCAUUUUUCUUUUCAAGUUAUGUGGAUAUUUUUUUAUUGAAAAAAAAAUUACAUUGGUUACAGACAUGAAAAUUUACAGUAAUUCAAAAACAUAAUGUAAUUAAACACGAUUCUUUGAACCAGCAUAAGAUACAUUUGCUUUUUGUUUUGUAGAAAUAGAAAAGAUGAAUUUGCUGCUCAAUUUUUAAAGGUUAAUUUAAAUUGAAUAUAGCUUUUAUUUUAAACAUUCAGUUAUUGUUACGUUGUAAUUAAAAUACAGAACAAUAGACAAUACAGUUUUAAAGGAUUUUAAAAAAACAAAACAGUUUCAAUAAGAAUUAAAAAAUAAUAAAACUAUUCAGUAUGCUUAACAAUAUUUUUGAACACUAAAUAUUGGCAAAUUCUAUGGUAAUUAAUCCAAAUAUUGGGGCUCACUGCAUAUCCAAUAUUAGAUGCAGUCGUUCUCAAGCUGGUGUCCAUGUAUCCUUUAGCACUGGCUUAUAUAAUUCUUGAAGUUUAAUUAUUUUUUACCCCAUAAGAUUACUGUUACCUCCAGUAGGCUACUGUAAGAGCUGCCUCCAUGAAGGUCACUUUUACAUAGUUUGGGUUAAAUCUGCAAGCUGUAUUGGGUUACCGCCAAUAAGAUUGUUUCUUGGCGUGGCUUACCUCCAGUGAGGUAACGUCUUUGUGUGAGUUACCUCAAGUUAAGUUACUGCUACAGUACCUGGUUUGUGUUACCUCCACUAAGGUUACUUUUUACCUGGUUUUGGAUACCUCUGCUACCUAUUUUUGUUUGUUUGCUUGGCUUCACUCUUGUUCUCAUAAUUUACAUUUAGCUUCCACCGGAAAGACGAUGGGACGACAUGGAUGGGUGGCGGGUACGUAGAGUUUUUUGUUUUUUUUUAGAAACUUUGACAGCAUUUUAUGGGCAAAGGAAAUCACAGGGCUUAAGGGAUAGUUGCAGUGAAAUGAAAUUUUAAAUUUCUUUUGUCUUGUUUUCAUUCUCAUGGGUUCUUUACUGUUGUAAUUAAUAGACCCUAACAAAUAAAAUACAAGUUUCUUCGGAGACUGCCAUUUCAUUUAAUAAAAUGAUUCCUGCUGUACAACUGAGCCUGUAAUCAAUUAAUUUGGAUUUUUUUUUGUAUCCGGAUACUGCAUACUCCACUGGCAUGUAACUUUUCCCAGUGUGAUCUUGGCUAUAAUAUUGACUUUAAAUGCGAUGCAUAAUCUGACAACUCUUUCAAGAGUUGCCAUGAACCAAAAGGUUAUUUGGCAUUCCUGCUCACAAUGUCAUAAUGCAAACGUGGAUAGUUUUUCUUUUUCACUGUUAAACUCUCAAUGGACCAAGCAGCAGAACAUAAUUUAUUUGGUGACAGUGAAGGCAAUAACACUAACACAAUACAACUUUUAGAAAUGAACCAAAGGGUUGCUUAUGAACAAAAUGGUCGCUCUUAACUUUAACCAAAUGAUGGCUCAUAAACCAAAAUGGUUGCUUAUCAACCAAAUGAUUGCCUUUAAACCAAAUGGUUUGCUUAUGAACCAACUAGCAGAAUAUGAACCAACAAUGAGUCUAAGGCUUUUGUUCAAACUUGGGAGGAAGUAAAGUCAGUAAAAGUAUUAAGUUUGAUGAAUGACUCAUGUGAAUGUGAACUUAUGAUUAAAAAAAAAAGUGUUGGAUGAAUAUGGCGUAGGUUGGAAAUACAGUGAAGCCCCUUUGAUAACUGCAGCAUUUGACCACCAUUCUGCUUGCUUCUUAAAAUCUUCUUUUGGAUUCAGACCUUAAUAUUUAAAUGGCAAAGUUUGGAAAAAAAAAAAAAUAUAUAUAUUUUUCACAAUUUUCUUGGUGGGGAGGAAUUAUUGUUUAUAUUUAUGUGCUGGUUUGUUUUUAUUGUUGUAGUCAAUGUGAAUAAUCUGUUUAUGUCUUUCUUUUGUUAUUUUAAAAAAAAAAUUUCGAAUAAUAUUUAGAUUUGUUUCUUAAUAAUAAUUUUAAAAAAAAACAAUGUGAGACAUAUAGUAAAAAAAAAAAUUAAACAUUAAUAAUAAAUUUAUGGUAAAUAAUGCUAAUGGGUUUCCAAUGAGCUGCAAAAAUUAAUUUUCCUGUCCAAAGUAUCUGUAGAAAAUUCACAUUACUUGAUUUACUUGCCAACAAAUUUACAGAAUUUAUGUAAAGUAAAUUAUCAAAAACUUCUUGCAUUAAAUUAUCGAUGUCAAUGAUAGAUUAUCAUUAUUCAGUUGUUUUUUUUUUACUAAGGUCAGGGUAUAAAGAAUUAACUAUAAUUUUGUAGCUGUGUUAUACUGUCUAACUAUUUUAUGCUUGGAUACUUUGUUAUACCUAGUAACGGAAUUGUUUCUUUGUAGUCUUUCACAAAACCUUCAACAAGUCAAUUAAAAAAAAAAAAGUUAUACUCAAAAUAAUUUGACUUUGCAUUUCUGGAUCUGUACAGUAACAAUUUUGUGAAUGUUAUUAUUUUAAUAUACAGCUUAUGCCAUGGUGUUGAUGAUUUCUAGUAAGCUAACAUUACUCUGAAACAGCAGUCUUUUGGACCAGUUGUGGCUUAAGUGGACUAUAGGCAACAUAAUUAAUAUAAUUAAAGUAUCCUAGUGUUGCUACCUAAAAAAUUAAAUGUCAUUUGCUGUAAGUGCACUUAAGUACCAGGUAUUUAAAAAAAAAGUCUUACAUUUUGUUCUCUUAAAAAAUACUAAUCCACAUAACUUAUUUAGAAGACCUUACUCUUUGUUACAAGUAGCCAUACUCUCAGUUAUUGUUGAUGUUCUCAUUGUGUUGGAAGGUACCUUAUCAGACUAAGGCUUCUGUGUUGUACUCUUGACUGUUGUACACUAUGUGACAAAUGGUUAACAUCCUGUACCUUGUAAGCUGACCCCACUGAAAACUUUGCUCAUAUGGUGUACCAUGUCAAAUUUCAUUGCUGAAUUUUUACCUUGCAAGUUAAAUAGAUUACCAAGAGAGUUAAAUUGUCUAUCAGUAAAUUUAAAUAGUUUACCAAUUAAGUCAAAUAGUUUAUUGAUAAAGUUAAAUAGUUUACCAAUAAAGUUAAAUAGUUUACCAAUAAAGUUAAAUAGAUUACCAACAAAGUUAAAUAGUUUACCAAUAAAGUUAAAUAGUUUACCAAUAAGUUAAAUAGUUUAAGGUCAAACCAUAAAUAAAAAAAAAAAAAGAAAAGGAACACACAGAGUGUGGGGGUAGUUAUAAAUAGAAUACCAACAAAGUUAAAUAGUUUAACAAUAAAGUUAAAUAGUUUACCAAUAAGUUAAAAAGUUUAAGGUCAAACCAUAAAUAAAAAAAAAAAAAAAAAGGAACACACAGAGUGUGGGGGUAGUUGAGUUUGGAGAUUUAGCGGAUGGGUGCUUAGGGGAGGUGGGGUCGUCUUCAGUAGAAAGUAUGUACUUUCAUGAACAAAUGAUACAAUAAUUAUCCUGAAAUUCUGAAUUCAUCAACAACACAUAUUUUAUCUCUAAUAAAUCAAUCGAUGACCUCAAGAUCUAUGAAACUUCAUGAUUUCUAUUGAAUUACAUUCAAAGGCUAGACAAAUAUCAGAUCAAUAUUUUUUGUAAUUAUCAUUAUUGGGUUACUUUGUUUAUUUUACAAGUCAACUCACUGGAUAAUACACUAGUAACAGUAAUAUUUUGUCCACCAUUCCCCUUUUGUAUUUUUCAGUGCUUGUGGCGCUAAUGCUUUUUUUUCAGUGAAGCCUGUGGUACCUAAAUAUUUCGGUUCUCUGCGCACUUGCCAAAUUAAGUUUUCCUCAGAUGCUCCUAGUCAAAUUCUAACAAAUGCAUUUCGAAAUAACCAAGACAUUUUUUUUAACUUUAAGGGUUGUUAAAAAUAAAUAAAACAUGUACCUGGGCAAUUGAACCCAAUAUAGAAGCUAUGUGAAGAAGCUUCAACAGACAGUAACUAGUCCACCAGGUCCACUAGAUGUUGUGUCCUGUCUCAUUAGAUUCAAACUGGAAAUAGAUCUAUGAAAACUGUAAUAUUUUUCUGAGAGCAAGCCGUGGGGCUCUCGGGUACCCUGGUGCACAUUUUUGCGAACCACUGGCUACACAGACACAUUUUUCAACAAGGAUAAAAAUGACAUAAAAAUUUAUAAAUAACAAUAAAUGGGAGGGGUGGGCGAGAAGCUCAUUUUUAUGUAUGCAGAGAGAGGAUUUUAUAAAAAAAAUUACGGGUGCAACGUGGGGGGGGGGGGUUCCCCCCUUCUUUGUAGUGUAAACAAUAUAUGGAUAGAGAGUUUAAUAGCUCACCAAGACAGUUUAAUAGUUUACAAUAAUGUUUAAUCGUUUGCUUAUAGAGUUUAAUUGUUUCCCUUGAGAGAAAAGUUUACUUUGUUGUGUGUACUGUGGUUGAUUUAGAAAAAAAAUUAUGACAGCUAUGGAAGAUAAGGUGGCGGUGAUACAGAUGUUAGGCUGCUCUAGAUGUUAGUCUUUUCUACAUAUUGUGGUUUCCUAGAUGUCGAGGGUUGCCUCAUCAAAAUGCCACUCUCUCCAAUACUUGUAACUUCAUGUUUAAACUGUUAGGAUGAUGCUGUGGGGAGUUUGAUCCACCCUCUUUAAUUUAUAUCCGCCAUUUACCAUACUUGAAUGUUGUGCCAUAGCUAGCAUGAGGAUAGUGGGGUGUUUCAAUGUCUCAAUAUUCCUCUGCGGGCCAUGUUUUCAUCCCUUGUUUUGUUGUGUCCACAGUCUUUACUCCAAGGUGCUGCUGUUGAUCUGCUGGGAGAAUACUGCCAGGGCCCAGGCAACACAGACUCAAUGCUAUUUGGCCUAUAAUGGCAAGUUAAUAACCAUCCAGAUAACAUCAUCACACUUGACGUAAAAAUCAUAAGUUGAUAAUAACUUAGUGCUGUCCUUUUAAAAUUGAUUACCGUUAAUUAUGUUCCAGCAAGUCAUAUUUACAUAAAAGACAGAUAGAGGCCUUUAAAAAAAAAUUUUUUUAAACCACCCACAUUUGCAUCAUCAUCCGGCAUCACCCCCUAAAGUCUCAAUGCCUUACCAAGCCAUCACUUGGUCUCUCAUUCAUAUGAAAUGUCUUCACAGUCAUUAACCUACUGCUCGGCGGAGAGCUUACAAACAAGGGUGAUAGAGACAAUGAGAAGUGAUUGCUUCAUCAAGAGGAUUGAGGACCCUGUCAUGAUCAUUAGGCAGAAAGCUUUGGCUGUUCUUAGAAAUCUCUUGACCUCGGUGAGUGGAGCAUUUAAGUUUUAAAUUAUUCAGGGCACACAGUCUAUAUAAAGGAUGAUAAGUGGACAAGACGGGGGGGGAACUCUGCGGAAGAAAAUGAUGAUGAAAAAAUUGAGAUUUUCAAAUAAAACAUGGCGGUGCUUUAUUAUUAAAUUAAAUUUCUGUCUGCCCUCUUUCUCAAAUUUGUUUUUUUUCACUUACCAGGAAUUCUGCCAGCAUUUAGUGAUUUGCUUGACUUUUAUUUUACAUGGGGAACUCUUAGAUAAUAUCUUAAUGACUAAGAUGAGCAGUAAGAAAUCUAAGCACAUUGAGAGUGACUAUGGCAAUGCAUAAAAAAAUUGAAUAGUCCCAUCAAAUGAUUCACACACAGUUUCAUUAAAACUUUAAUUAAUGAACACACUUUUUGUUUUUAAAAAAUGUGUAUACAUAGUUAUCCAAUAUAAAGUUCCUAUUAUAAUGUUGUCAGUGAUGAUGUCCAAUAUUUUGUAGGUCCAUGAUGGUGAGGACAGAGACUCUGUGGCCACAAGGUCUCGAGGAGAACGUC